CCACUGCUUUCCACGCGCUCCCCCCACUAAUCUCUCUCCGACGAGUCCGUGCUAAAGCCAAAAGCAGCCAGCCCAUCCAUCCAUCCAUGGAGUUGUGUAGUAGCCUGCAGCUGCAAGCAUCCACAGAGAAGAGAACGCUUUGAGAGGAGAGGAGGGCCGAGCCGGCGUAGAUCUUUCUCUCCGUUGUACUCUUCUCCUUGGCUUGGCUUCCCCCCCCACCAAACUAAUCACGGUGGGUGGCUAAAUUCGCUUCGUUGGCAACGUCGGCGAAGCUUCCGGGGUUCUGGAACCUUCUAGAAUGAGGCGGGCGGGAGCGUGUGUUAUGGGGAGGCGGCGGUGGUGUCUGCUGGUGGCGGUGGCGGUUGCGCUGUCUGCGGCGGUCGGCGCCGGGGCGCAGGAGACGUGCUCCGGGAUUGUGCCGGCGCCGCCGCGGCGCGGGGCGUGGGUGUCGGUGGCCAGCUUCGGCGGCGGCGCCGGCGACGGGCGGACGCUGAGCACGGCGGCGUUCCAGGCCGCCGUCGCGAGCAUCGAGCGGCGCCGCGCACCGGGCGGCGCGCUGCUGUACGUGCCGCCCGGGGUGUGGCUCACUGGGCCCUUCAACCUCACCUCCCACAUGACGCUCUUCCUCGCGCGCGGCGCCGUCAUCCGCGCCACCCAGGAUACGUCAAGCUGGCCGCUGAUUGAACCAUUGCCGUCAUAUGGGAGAGGGCGUGAGCUUCCCGGUGGAAGAUACAUGAGUUUGAUCCAUGGCAAUGGUCUUCAGGACGUUGUCAUUACAGGCGAGAAUGGAACUAUCGACGGCCAAGGGAGUGCAUGGUGGGACAUGUGGAAGAAGGGCACGCUAUCCUUCACUAGGCCUCACUUGCUCGAGCUGAUGAACUCUUCUGAUGUUGUCGUCUCCAAUGUCGUAUUCCAGGAUUCACCAUUUUGGAACAUACAUCCUGUUUACUGCAGCAAUUUGGUGAUAAGAAAUGUGACUAUACUAGCUCCCCAUGACUCACCCAACACUGAUGGAAUUGAUCCAGAUUCCAGCAGCAACGUCUGCAUCGAGGACUGCUACAUUUCGACGGGAGAUGAUCUGAUCGCCAUCAAGAGUGGCUGGGACGAGUAUGGCAUGGCCUACGGGCGCCCCAGCUCGCACAUCACCGUCCGGCGGAUCACCGGCUCCUCCCCUUUCGCCGGCUUCGCCGUCGGGAGCGAGACGUCCGGCGGCGUGGAGCACAUCCUCGCCGAGCACCUGAACUUCGUCAGCUCGGGAUUCGGCAUCCACAUCAAGACCAACACCGGCCGGGGAGGGUUCAUCCGGAACGUCACCGUCUCCGACGUGACGCUGGACACCGUCCGCUACGGCCUGAGGAUCGCCGGCGAUGUCGGUGGCCACCCCGACGACCGCUACGACCGGAACGCGCUCCCGGUGGUGGACGGCCUGACGAUCAAGAACGUCCAGGGCCAGAACAUCAGGGAGGCAGGGUCGAUCAAGGGCAUAGCCACCUCGGCGUUCUCCAGGAUCUGCCUGUCGAACGUGAAGUUCAACGGCGGCACGCCUGUCCGGCCGUGGAAGUGCGAGGCCGUCAGCGGGGCGGCGCUCGACGUGCAGCCGUCGCCGUGCACGGAGCUGACCAGCACGUCCGGGAUGAGUUUCUGUACAAAUUCGCUGUGAACCAUGAAACUGAAUCAAGCCUGCAUCAUCGAGGGGUCAUGUUAUUCUAAUUGUCAAUGGCGUUUUUCCUACCGAUGAGGCAAAAUGAGCGUGUCACGUUGGUAACGCGCGUCAAAGAUGCUAAACUUUUCAUCAUUCAUAAGAGUAAUUCACCAAAAAGUAUAAA